AUGACCAUUGUAGGUACAGUCAGUAUUCAGGUACCAAGUGCUGCUAACUGUGGGGAUGAUACUGUUCUAACAUGUCAGGUUACUGGAAACAUUGGCACUCUUAGCUGGUAUGGAUUGAGCAGAUACCUAGUAAUAAAUGGACUUAUUUCUAGACCAGAAGACAACAACAAAUAUACAGAAACCAGAGGGACAUCAUCGUUCACUUUGACUAUACACAACACUGACUUUAAUGAUGGAGGGUAUUAUAAAUGUAGGAAUGAUUUUGAAUAUAGUGGGCUGAAAUAUCUUAAUAUAGAGUGUAAAGCUUCAUCAGCUACACACAGUGUCACAAGUGGGAAGAAAGUACAGAUAACAGUAGAUAAACUAUAUCCUGCCUCACCAACACUUACUGUUUCAUUUACAAGACAGAAUAGCGCCAUCCAGAUAUCAGGAUCUUCAGCAUGUUCAAGUAGUAAACAGAAUACAAGCUAUUAUAGAUGUGUGUGGACUUCUAGUAACUCUUUAGAUGAUGGGUCAUACACAUACAGCAUUGUUGUUAAAACCAUCACACAAGCUACUCCAUUAACAGGAUCAUUUAAAAUAGCUUCACCUACUACACCAGUAAUUUCAAAUGUCGUGCAGUUGAAUGCUACUCGUGAAGUUGUUUACGGAAAUGAAGGACAAUCUCUGACAAUACAAUGUACUUCAACUGGAGGAUAUCCCUUACCAACGGUAACCUGGUAUAAGAACAGUAUAUCUAGCUCUAACCAGUUGUCCAAUACAAGUUCAGGGACAUUACAAAGUGACGGAACAUACACUGUCAACCUACAACACACAUUUACACCUACUACAUCAGAUGAUAAGAAAUAUUUGAUAUGUAGAUCGUACUAUCCUCAAGCUGAUACUGCUCAAGUUGGAUCAAAUAACAAAUCUGUGUUACUUUACCUAAGAUUAAAGCCUAGUCAGCCAACAGUUACUCAGACAUCUGUUGUAUCAGCUGGUAGUACUGUAACGGUAAGAUGUACAACAAGUGGGUGUAGACCAGCAGCCAGUAUAUCCUGGUUAUAUCAAGGUCAGAUGUAUAGUGGCAGUACAACAAACACAGCCGAUGCUGCAACAGAAACAUUUACAGUCGUUUCUAUAUAUACUAGACAAGUGACAGCUGCGGAUAAUGGACAAAGUAUACAGUGUAUAGUUACUCAUCCUGCAUUAGUGAGUCCAGCACAGCUCACCAGAUCAACAAAUCUAACUGUUCAGUUUUCAGUUGGAUCAUCAACGACACAAAUAACAGGCAACAGAGAAAUCAUUGCUACAGGGUCUACAUCAUUAACAUUGACUUGUACAACAGGAUCAUCAAAUCCUGCGUCUGAUAUAACAUGGAGAAAUGGAUCACAAACACUUGAAAGUAAUAGUUCAUAUACGACAUCAACAGGAGUAAAUAAUGGAGUAGUGAGGUCGCAACAACUUAUACUGUAUCCAACACGAUAUAUGGACGGUGAUGAUAUUACAUGUUCCGUGUCGAACAGUGUGUCACAGUCACCUGUUGUUGAUAGGAUAAAACUCAAUUUGAAAUGUAAGUAA